CACACAAAAAAAACUCCCCCCACGCCAACUCUGGCCUGGACAUAGACGUGCAGUUUGCUGCCAAAUUAUAAUCAGUGUACCUCAGAGUGGGAUCUCGGCUUGUAUCUCUGUUUUCUAACAUGGAGCUGCACAAUGUGCAUAACACCUUCCACCACGGCCACCUGGGGGAGGAGAAGCACCAGAUGCUGAGUCUGAACCGACGCCUAGAGACUUACCUGAGCCGGGUCAAACUCCUGGAGGAGGAAAAUGUGCUGCUUGCAAAGGAGAUCCAGGCUCUGAGAUGCAACAAACAUGAAGCCUCAGCCCUCAGAAAAGGCUUGAAAGAAGAGCUGCAGCAAGCAAGACUGGAGGUGGAUGCAGCCUGGAGGGACAGGGUCCACGCGGAGCUGGAGGUUGGCAGGCUGACAGAGGAGCUCCAAGGUCUGGCCCUGCAGAGAGAGACGGAAGCUCAGGCCCAAGUGAAGGCCAACAUAAUGCUGGAACACAGCAGGAAGGAGCUGGAGGAGGAACAGAGGGCUCAGAUCUGGCUGAGAGAGAAGGUCAGUGAGCUGGAGCAUGAGAUGAGGCUCCUAAUUCACACCCAUGAGGAAGAUGUGGCCCACUUAGAGGACACCUUGGCCCAUACCAGAGUCACAGUGCCACCCACACUGGCUCAGAGGGGAAACCACACACCAAGCCUCCUACAGCUGGAGCAGGAGUGCUCUCAGAGGGCCAGCAGAGCAUGGCAGGAGGUAGCAGAGGCCCAUCAGGGCCAGUUAGCCCACCUAGAAGAGUCGCUCAACCAGGCCAGGAGCCAUUUGACCCAGGUGGCCCAGGAGAAGAAUGAAAGUCAGCUGAAGCUUCAGGCCCUGGAGAAGGAGCUCACCUCAGCUCAGGACAUCCGACUGCAUCUGGAGAAGAGUGCAGUUGAACAGAAAGACAGACACAGCCAGGAGACCCAGCAGUUCCAGGAGCAGUUGGAGGGCCUGGAGGUGGAGAAGGAGGAGCUGGGCCAGCAGAUUGAUCAAAUGGUCCUUGAGAACAGGGGCCUGCUGCAGCUGAAGAAGUCUCUGGGCCUUGAGGUCGCGAUGUACAGAGCUUUGCUGGACGGCGAAGGCAUCUCUUUGUUAAAUCCACCAAGAAACAUUUCCAUCACAGAUGCAGUGUUCAGUCCUCUGGCGGGUAAACAGAGUUACCAAACGCAGCUGUCUCCUAGACACAAGACUACUUCUCUUUCAUCUGUCCGCAGCAUAACAGUAAAAAGACCAGCAGUGACAAGUGCAACACCAGUUUGCAAUAGAAAACCUACAACUAUUGAUGCAACUCCUUACAGGAAACCUACAGAUGUAGCAAUGUUUGCAAAAUGGAAAAGUCCUUAUCCAAAAAUAUUGCAGGAUGAAGCUGUUGAAAAUUUCAGACCACAGGAAGUUCAUGACACAGUCGCCCAUGCUGAGGCUCUGUCACCUCCUAGUGAGCAGGAGGCUCCUGCUAAAACAUCAGGAGACAAAGAAGAUGAAGAGGAUGUUGAAACACCUGAGGGGAGACCAGCUGUGGAGUCAGCUGUCAGUUAUCAGGCUGAGUCUGACCUCAGCACUGAGCCAGCCUUCAAUGAUGAAGUUAGUCAGUGUCAGUUUACAACAGCCAGCCUUCCACCAUCCCACAUCAGAGUGGACGAGAAACCCUGCGGUUUAUCUGAUGAAUCUGGUAAUGAUGUGCCUUUUGAAAGGCCUGCUGAGACAGAAGACAUGCAGCAGCCACAGACUCCAGCUGACGCAUGGGUCAACAAAGAGUGUACAGAGGCAGAGCAUGUCCAAGAGGAGACCUCGGAUUCUGAAACCGAGGCAGUACUUGAACCAAACUUUGAAUCCAGGACGAGCAGUCCAGCAUCUGAAUGUGCCCUUGAAGACAGUGUGCUUAACCAAAUGACAGAUUUCAGUCAAGGUGAAAUCAUCUCUGAUGAUGAUGCAGUAGAGAUGAGACAAGAAAUAAGUUGUUCCAUGGAAGGAAAGAAUGAAGCAGAUGGUGAGGACGGUUUGUACCCUGAUGGAGAGGAGAUGGACACAUGGGAUAGUGUAAUAGAAAGGAAGGCUGAUGUGAAAAUGGAUGAUGGCAUACAAAUGGAUGAAAUAAAAAGACAACAUGCUGAACCAGAGGAAGAUAUUUCAGCAAGAGAACCAGAGCAUGGAAAGGGAGGAAUUAGGCAGGAUUCUGCCACAGAGAGACAAGAUGACAACAUGGCCUCUUCAGCUAUGGGCACACAAGCAGAAGAUGACAUACAGCACGCUGAGUUUGACCAAGAGCUUGUUCUGCUUCCUGACAAAGAAGAGGAAGAAGAUGAGGAGGACUCCCAAAAUGUCUCGGUGUCAUGGAGGACCGAACUGGAGAGCGACAGCUAUGCUCAGGAUAACACUCUUGCUGACACUCGUCCUCUGAUUCGAUACAAAAGUGAUGAGACUGAUGCCAACACUCAGGCACUACACAUGGAUGAGAGUGAGUCCAGUGAAGGUGAACAGGAAAAGAAGGUCGGAGAGAUGGGACCCGGGACAUGGAGCACAGGCAAAUCAAAGACUUUUGGAACUAUGGAAGAUCUGUGCGAAGAAGCCGAAGGGGACGCACUGGAUGAGGAAUAUGAUCUGGGAUACACUCAUACAGAGGACAGGGAUGCUGGCCAUCAUCUAACUGUAACUGAGUAUGGUACAUCAGUGAAUGAUACCAAAAAUGCAGAAGAAGGGAUCAAGGAAGUUGGUGAAGGGCAUGAAGAAACUAGUGAACUUACCAAACCCGUGAAUGUAGACCAGGGUGAGGAGCUGGAGACAGACAGACGUGUGGAAAAGGAAUUAGACAACCUGUGCACAGACAGCUACAGUGCCCACUUUACACAGCAGCAGGUCAGUGAGGAUGAGGAGAAGCUUCACCUGCAGGGCGAGUCUGUGGAGACAGUGACAGAGCAAGAAGAGGAUGGAAAAAUCAAAACAGGGGACAUAUCUUCCUGUGCAGAGUCUGAUGUGGGGGUAAAACAGGAACUUACAUCUUCCACUACAAUUUUAGAUCAGCACAGUGAGAAGUUACACUUUGGUGAUUCAGUGGUCAUGCCUCAAACGACCACACUGGCUGAGGAGGAGAGCCAACAUGGAGAUCAGUCAGCUCUAGAUGCUCCAGAAAAAAGAGAAGCAGCAGCAACAGGAGAAGUAGCAGCAGAUGACUUCAGUGAUUUCAUCAGCAGUGAUACAGAGGACCCACACUCAACGCUGCUGCAAAACCUGCAGGAGGUGGCUGCCCCCACUGAGGUGACAGACGUUGUUCCUGUAGAAGCGGCCAACGAGUCUCCAGAGAAUCUAGUUGAAGACAGUCAGCAAUCUCCUGAUGUUCCAGAGACAGCUGAGUGGGACCAGAGCCCCAGUGAGGACUUUGAAAUAAGAGAUCAGAAAUCUGAAAAUGCCCAUGAACCAGCUGAGGACAGAGGCUCUGAUGAGGUCAUCAUGACACAUAAACAGGAACCCCUUGAGAUUUCCCCCGACAGUGCUCCAGGUGAGGAGGAUAUCUUUGAGGUGAAGGCCUCAGAACAACCGAACGCAAAUGGCAAAGACAGCAGCACAGAGGACAUAUCUUCCUGUGCAGAGCCUGAUGUGGGGGUAAAACAGGAACUUACAUCUUCCACUACAAUUUUAGAUCAGAACAGUGAGAAGUUACACUUUGGUGAUUCAGUGGUCAUGCCUCAAACGACCACACGGGCUGAGGAGGAGAGCCAACAUGGAGAUCAGUCAGCUCUAGAUGCUCCAGAGAAAAGAGAAGCAGCAGCAACAGGAGAAGUAGCAGCAGAUGACUUCGAUGAUUUCAUCAGCAGGCCUGAUACAGAGGACCCACACUCAACGCUGCUGCAAAACCUGCAGGAGGUGGCUGCCCCCACUGAGGUGACAGACGUUGUUCCUGGGAAAUCUGAAAAUGCCCAUGAACCAGCUGAGGACAGAAGCUCUGAUGAGGUCAUCAUGACACAUAAACAGGAACCCCUUGAGAUUUCCCCCGACAGCGCUCCAGGUGAAGAGGGUAUCUUUGAGGUGAAGGCCUCAGAACAACCGAACACAAAUGGCAAAAACGGCAGCCUCUGUGAAGCUUUCAGCUCCGUUCUGUCGAACGAUUUCUGGGACACUGGUGCCACGUAUCAACCAGAUGCCUGUAAUGAAGCAGCUGAACAAACCAAUGAGAAUCUGGGGUUUGGUGAUAACUUAGCUUUGGGGAAUUUGGAAAACUCAAAUGUGGUCAACGGGAACUCCAGGGUGGAUGUUGACUCAUCUACAGCCUUGGCUGCAAAAGAGGAGCAGGAGCAUACUGAGGUGAAGCAGGUGCUGGGCAGCAAUGUUGUUGAGGGGGGGCUGCUCCAUUCUGAGGAGUCUGAGGCUGAGGGUGCAUCCUGGUCAUCAGAGGAGGAGACAGAAUAA